CCCCUCCCUUUCCGUCUCUGCUCGCCUCUCUCCUCUCUUCAGUCUUGCCUGCCUGUCAGAAAGGUGCUUUAGUAUUGGAGGCUAGGCUACCCUCCUCUCGGACCCCGUACGAGAGCCUGCCGCCGCAGCUGCCGCCGUCGUACCCCAAGGCUCGGGCUCCCCUCUCACGGCUCCAACCAUGGCAACCACCGCUACUUCCACCCGGUUUACUGACGAGUACCAGCUUUACGAGGAGCUCGGGAAGGGAGCUUUUUCAGUGGUGCGUAGGUGUGUAAAGAAGUCAUCAGGACAGGAAUAUGCUGCAAAAAUCAUCAACACUAAGAAGCUGUCUGCAAGAGAUCAUCAGAAGCUUGAGAGAGAGGCUCGUAUCUGCCGUCUCCUGAAACACCCCAACAUUGUGAGACUCCAUGACAGCAUUUCAGAGGAAGGCUUUCAUUACCUAGUCUUUGACCUGGUGACAGGAGGAGAGCUUUUUGAAGACAUUGUAGCCAGGGAGUACUACAGUGAGGCUGAUGCCAGUCACUGCAUUAGUCAGAUCUUGGAGAGUGUCAAUCAUAUCCACCAGCAUGAUAUUGUGCACAGAGACCUCAAGCCUGAGAACUUGUUGUUGGCCAGUAAGAUGAAGGGAGCCGCAGUGAAGCUGGCAGACUUUGGACUUGCUAUUGAAGUGCAGGGGGACCAGCAGGCUUGGUUUGGGUUUGCAGGCACUCCUGGCUAUCUCUCCCCUGAGGUCCUGCGGAAGGACCCUUACGGCAAGCCUGUGGACAUAUGGGCCUGUGGUGUUAUUCUCUAUAUCUUGUUAGUGGGAUAUCCACCAUUCUGGGAUGAAGAUCAACAUAAACUCUAUCAGCAGAUCAAAGCUGGGGCAUACGAUUUCCCGUCUCCAGAGUGGGACACGGUGACCCCAGAGGCAAAGAACCUGAUUAACCAGAUGUUGACAAUUAACCCAGCCAAAAGAAUCACUGCCGAACAGGCUCUCAAACACCCAUGGAUCUGCCACCGUUCUACAGUGGCGUCCAUGAUGCACAGACAAGAAACAGUCGAAUGUCUCCGCAAGUUCAAUGCUCGCCGAAAACUCAAGGGAGCCAUUCUCACCACCAUGCUGGUGUCCAGAAACUUCUCAGUGGGCCGGCAGCAUACCAACUCUGCUGCUGCCGCCUCCUCCACGGCCUCACUGGCUCAGGAAGCAUGCAAAAGUUUACUCAACAAGAAGUCAGAUUCUGCUAAGCCUUCUACCAACAACAGUAAGAACAGUAUAGUGAGCGCCAUCAAUGCCCUGAAAGACACCAACAUGGCAACGAACGCACAGAUGGAAUCUCAAAGCACAGUGGUGCACAAUGCUCCCGAUGGAGUCAAGGGAUCAACAGAGAGCAAUGCCACCAACGACGAGGAGGAAAUGAAAGGUAGGAAAGCGGACAGUACGGCGCUGAGUCAGAGCAGCGCCACAGAGGAGAUGCCCCCACUUCUGCCCUCACCUCAAAGCUCACCUGCCAUUCCACCGCAUGAUGUAAAGCGCAUUGCAUGGAACAGCACAGGCAACAGUUCCUGCCCCGAGUCUGAACUCUCACAGUCAUCCAUACCUGCCGCUCCACUAGGGAGCAACACUGUCGCUGCUAAAAGCAACACUAAGCAGACUCGUAAACAGGAGAUCAUCAAGAUUACGGAGCAGCUGAUUGAAGCAAUCAACAAUGGAGAUUUCGAUGCCUACACGAGGAUUUGUGAUCCUGGACUCACCUCUUUCGAACCCGAGGCUCUGGGAAACCUGGUGGAGGGAAUGGACUUUCACAAAUUCUACUUUGAAAACUUGUUGAGCAAAAACAGCAAGCCCGUGCAUACCACCCUGCUCAACCCACACGUGCACCUGAUCGGCGAGGACGCCGCGUGCAUCGCCUACAUCCGGCUCACACAGUUCGUGGAUUCCACCGGCCGCCCCCGUUCCAGCCAAUCAGAGGAGACCAGAGUGUGGCAUCGCCGCGAUGGCAAGUGGCUUAACGUCCACUUCCACUGCUCGGGAGCGCCUGCUGCACCACUACAGUGAUCAGUGGUCCUGAGCCUCCAGUCUACUGGAGUGUGUGUUUUGGGGGGCAGUGUUUUUUCAGCAAGCGUGUUUAAGAGGUCCGUCCUCUGCGUGGAUUGGCUAGUGCCAGGAGCCCGGCCGGGCGAGAUCGCAUCCCUCUCCACGAUACCAACCAAUCCUGUCCCUCCUUUGACCUGCUGGGGGCCGGCUGAACACAAGACUCCGCCCCCAUGGGAUGAUGCAUGCAUCUGGCGCCUGAUUGGAGGGCGCGUCUUUGCCCUCUGUCCCUCCCCUGGCAGCCAUCUUUUUUCUGCCCGUGCGAGAUGAGACGUCCUGGGGGAGCAGAGGAUUUACAGUUGAACUUGUGACAGUUUAUGAGUAUGAGUUAUGAAUAUACUGUGUAAAUUAUGACUAGAUGUACCAGAAAAACCAACAAAACCCAACCAAGCAUUUAUAUUCACUAUCUAAUAACGGAGGAACAGGGAGGAGUGUCAAGUUAGCAGCUGAGAUUUUGGACACAUUAGGGAUUACUGGGUAGAAAGUGCUCACUACCUGGACUGUUGCUGUUAAGAUGUAGGGAGAUUUUUAUUUUAUGUUAUUUCCCCCACUGAAUUAAAGAGGGAAAAACAAAUCAGGUUGGCUCAGUCAGACAGUCGAUGACCAGAGAAACUUGAUAUCAAAAACAUGACGCACCAAAGUGUAGAACUUUAGGCUUUUUACGUGUUUGUGUGCUUGUUUUAUUAUUAUUUUGUUUGUUUGUUUUUUCGCCAGAACGGAAACUGUGUUAUUGUGGGGGUGGGAAUGUGGGCUGGGGAUCUCUGAAUCGGGGAGGGGGGUUAUGUGUUCUGUUGCAUUUUUAGCAUCCUGAUCCCUUUUGCGUUCCUGUGAAUAAUCGGAGCCUUUUCGCUUCAUUAUGUUUUCUGGCUCCUUUUAAAGCAGCUGAGUUUUUGUUGUUUUUUGGUUUUUAAAAAUGAGGGAUUUUUAUUGUGCAAAUUUAAAGUUAACCUUAGCUGCUAGCAGGUUCUGUUGUGUCUAUAUGCAGUGGAGGAAGAGAGUGGGCUGCUGCUGCCGCCUCUCCCUCAUUAAUCCCUUCCCGCCUCUCUUCUCUCUUUUAACCACUUUCUUUUUUAACCUUCCCUCCCACGCUGUUUCUCUGCUUUCUGCAAGGCCCUGGUUUGUUUAUAAUCACUGUGUAAAUACAGUGUAUGUAUAGAUAUAUGUAGAAAAGUGUAAUAUAUGUACAUGUAUCUAAGAGACACUCAUCCUGUGCACUUGGGCAGUGGGAAUCACCCCAUGACCUCUGUGACCUCCCCGAGUAGAUUAGAAGCGACGUUUGUUGUUGUUUGUUUCCCUGUAAUUUAAAUUCGCCAAUCGGUCACGACAAACAUGAAUACACACGCUUGUGUAGGCUACCAGCUUUAGAUCCAUGGCCGUACGACUGUUUUUUGUUUGGGUUUUUUUUGAGACGGGGAAUAAAAAUAAAAGAAAUAACAGUUUGAAAAGUAGUUUGAGCACCCCUCCCCCCAUUUUCAGCCUAAUAGAUCCAUAUUUAGAUAUGAAGACCUUCAUAAUAGUGUCCUUAGUCCUGAUCCCACAAUGCUGUGAGCCAUCUUUUCAUAUCAUAUUAUGCACCCGCGCACGCCUGGUGGUGUUUUUAAGCUGUGUAACAUAUCCACACCGCUGCUGCAACCAUCGGCGCCGCCCUCGCCGUGCUGCUUAAUUGUCUCCAUCCAUCUGCGACAGUUGUAUCCGAAACCGUCCCCGCCCCCCAACCUGCAAGGUGUCCGCCUCCCCCUCCCUCUGUUUUCAGACUCUGCUCUUGAGAUGUUUAUUUGUACCUCUCUCUCUCUCUCUCUCUCUCUCUCUCUCUCUCUCUCUCUCUCUCUCUGUUGUUUCCGUGUUACUGGUUUGAGUUCUUUCGUUGUUGUUGCUGUUAACUUUGUCGUUUUGGUAAUUUGCCGAUCUGCCAAGCUGGAGUUCUGCACUGUCCCUCGCACAUGGGAAUUUUUUUUUUAAAAAAGGGAAAAGAGGGAAGCAGUAAAGACAAUGAAAUGAUAGAUGUUGAUCAGGACUAAAUUAUUUAUUUAUCUAAUCUACCCUUGGUGGUUUUAAAUUGUGCCUGCUCAGUCGGGAGGAGUUUUGAGAAAGUUCUGGUGUGGGCGUGCAGGUUUUUGGGACCUACACAUGUCACGAAGCAGAGCAGGAAGACCUAGUUAUAUGCAUGUUUCAGUUACACAUUUCUACCAUGUACCUACCUGAAUACGGAUGGAGCUAGUGUUAAUAUAUGAUAUUUGCAUCUUUUGAAAUAUGAAUUUCCUCCAUCCAGAAUGUUGAAUAGGACAUGAAAAAUAUUUGAAAAAAAAACAAAAUUUAAAGAAAAAAAAAAAAGAUUCAGGAGCCGUAGCUUGGUAUGAGGCCCUCGAUGUUUUCCCUGCGUUGUAAUGAUAUAAUAUUGGGCUGCGCUUUCUCCCCAGCCUUCACAUGGAUGCUGGAGUUUUUUUGCAUGAUCAUGAUGUACAAUGAAAUACAACCAUGAAUUGACGACUAUCAAGUGUUUGUCUGAGUGUUAGUUGGUCUUCAUCAUAGCUUUGUUAUUCUUCGAACUUGGAUCUUGAAAGUAUUUAAUAAAAAUACUAUUUCAGCACUG